AACUUAGUCAAUGGUCUAGAAGAAUACAAAUUACUUUUGCGACAUUAGAGCUAACACUGUGAGUGGAAUCUGGAAAGAACGAAAUUCUCUAGAAAAAACACCCACUCGAUUCACAGGUUCACUUAUGUAAACGUAAAUGCGACGCCAAUUGCAAGAGCUCAAACAAGUUUUUAAGGCUGAGAUGACAAUCAUGACAGCGCCUGCAUUUCUAACAUGUUUGACAUUGGUUGUUUUUUUUGGUUGUUUUCAUAGUUCUGUUUCACUGGCUUCAAGGGCUGGCGCAAAUGCAUCGCACGUACUGAAAGAUCUUUUGGACUCAACUUUCUACGACAAAAGAUUGCGACCGAAUUUUGAAGGAGAUCCAGUUGAAGUCUCUUUGAAUGUUUUCCUUACAUCUAUUGGUGGGCUUGACGAAAAAGAAAUGCAAUUUGAAACUACUUUCUUUCUACGCCAAACUUGGAAAGACUCCCGACUGGCAUUUGGGGAUGCUUAUAAAGUCAGGAAUUUUUCAAUUAGUGGUGACAUCAUGGACCAGAUAUGGAAGCCAGAUACUUACAUAAACAACGAGAAGUCCAGCUUUGCACCGCCAAAACAGUUUCUACUUCAAUUAUUCCCCGAUGGUAAAGUUCUCUAUAGUCAGAGGAUGACCGUUCUUGCUGCAUGUAUGAUGGAUCUUCAUAACUAUCCCAUGGACAAGCAACGAUGCAGCAUUGCCUUUGAAAGCUAUGGCAUGACCACGCACGAUCUGAUUCUGUCUUGGGCUUCUGAGCCUUACAAGAAGUCAGUAGGUGUAGCUGAUGGAGUCACUCUGUCCCAGUUUGCACUGGACGAGUAUACUGCAGAAAAGUCCUUGGCUAACUACACCACAGGGAGUUUCACAAUUCUUAAAGUGACGUUUCUCAUUCGCCGCAAGAAGUUUUACUAUGUGGUCCAAACUUACAUACCAACAAUCCUCAUCACCAUUCUAAGCUGGGUUUCGUUCUGGAUCCCAAGAAGUUCGCCUCCAGCUCGGGUGGCUCUCGGGAUCACGACAGUCCUCGCCCUCACUACGUUGAUCUUCGGGAUCCAGUCGUCAAUGCCGAAAGUCAGCUACGUUAAGGCAAUUGAUUGGUUUCUUAUGAUUUCGUUUUCGUUUGUGUUCGCCGCUCUUAUUGAGUACCCAAGUUCUACUUUCAUUAAGUUCCAAGCCGAGAAAAUAAGUAAGACCGGAACUACGAUUCUCCGAAAGGUAAAGGGCGAAAAUGUUGUUAAUAGUGCCGAUGACCUCACAAUGAACACGACGAGCUAUGGACAUACAAACCAUGCUAAAGAGCUCGAAGGGGACUUAUCAGAAGAUAAUGCCGAAGAAAAACAUGGCUUUCGCAAGACAACUCGAUUCAAUGGAGUCAGUGACGUCUCUAACCCAAGGGAUUACGAACUGAAUGACGAAGGAUUAAGACAUCGAAAACAAAAAGAGAGAGACAUGGAAAGCUUCAAAGAGAAUUUCACAGACAGUGAAGUGACAAACGUGGUAGAUAAAUACGCGAGAAUUAUAUUCCCUUUGUCUUACUUACUAUACAAUGUAGGGUAUUGGAUUGUUUACUUACUAGAGAUAGAUCUGUUGACAAGAAGUUAGGUACUCAAAGCAUUACGGUAUCACUUAUGGCCAGUCACGAUAGUCACGUGGCGUGACGUUACAGUGAUGACGUUGAACUGCAUUAGCUUUGGCACAGUUUGAAGUCCGUUUAAACUGGCCGGCUGAAAAUAAUUUACGGACUACAAAAAUGACGAUAUAUUUAAUAGUACCAUGCACAAUAUUGCAUGCACAAGCAAACACUUAUUAAGAAAAUUAUACUGACUCAGUACGACAAAAAUAACUAUAGCAAAGCUAUACAAGGCAGUUAGAUUGGUUUCAUGCUUGUUCUGAAAACUGCACAAAUUCACUGAUCGUUCAAACCGAGCAAUUUAAUUUACUACAGUAUUUUAAAAAGGCUUUGUAAAGGUUUCGUUGCAAGCCGCGAACAAAAAAGCCUAACGUACUAUGGGCGCCGUGAAGGCAAUCAGCAAACAAGGCCGUAGCCACCGGUACGAUUGGUCCGGUUUCAACCUAACCAACUUUCGUGGGGAAAAAUUUAAAAAAAGAAAAAAGAAAAAAGAAAAAUCAUUGAAAAAAACAUUUUAAAAAAUGAUUAGAACGAAAAUGAAUAAACACUUCUCACGCGA